AUCAUGAAAACCUUCGACCAUGUCAACGUUCUUGGGCUUCUGGGGUUGACCUUUGACGCGGACAAAAACCCCUUGGUGGUGAUACCCUUCAUGGCAAACGGUGACCUCAAGACAUAUCUGGUCAAGAAGAAACAGACCUUGGCGACAUCUCUGCUGAUGAGGUUUGCCUCACAUGCUGCACUCGGUAUGAGUUACUUGGCUCAGCACAAGUUUGUCCACAGAGAUCUUGCGGCCAGAAAUUGCAUGGUGGAUAGUGAUCUUCUGGUGAAGAUAGCGGAUUUUGGACUAUCCCGUGACAUGCACGAAUCGGAUUACUACACAAGCGGCGAUGCCCAGGCUAAGCUGCCUAUCAAAUGGAUGGCUCCCGAGUCCAUGGAACGUCGAGUGUACAACGCCAGGACUGACGUGUGGUCAUACGGUGUGCUCCUAUGGGAGAUUUUCAGUAAGGGUGCAAAACCGUAUCCAGGAAUUCCCAACCAAGAUGUGUAUGAUUUCUUGAAGAGAGGUCAACGCAUGGAUGCUCCCAAGAACUGCCCGCCAGAAGUCUACGGCAUAAUGGUAUGUUGCUGGCAGGACAACCCAAAAUCACGUUGCACCUUCGUCCAAGUUGCUAACGAGCUGGAAGAACUGUUGGAGGGAGACCGUGACUACGUAGCAGCUCCUAGUGCGGGUGUGGUUGGUAAGCGACCCAUCGAACAUCGCGAAGAACCUGGUGUCAAAGACGACAGCUAUCUGGUCCCGAUGCAGCAGGAGACCGCCUUUGGUGCUGACGGACCGUGUAGUGACAGAGAAACCAGCGGGAGCCAUGCGACCGCCGCCCAUGAUCCCUUGGAUUAUGUCAAUAAAAUUGUCAUUAGAUAA